AUGGCAAUAAGUUCCCUUAAGGAAGGCAAAAGCGUUUUUAUAGACAGAUGCAAUCUUAACAGAGAGCAGCGGUCUGAGUUUGUUAAGCUUGGUGGUCCUGGCAUUGAAGUCCAUGCAGUGGUUCUGAAGCUUCCUGCUCAGGUUUGUAUUUCUAGAUCAGUUAAAAGAACAGGUCAUGAAGGAAAUCUACAAGGCGGUAGAGCUGCAGCUGUUGGUAAGCUUCGUUCUGAAGGUGGUCUACACUGCAAUGUUAUAGCUAAUGCUACUAAUUGGCGGCUUAAACAUGGAGGUGGGGGUGUGAAUGCAGCAAUAUUCAAAGCUGCUGGUCCCGAUCUCGAGACUGCGACAAGAGUACGAGCAAACACUCUUCUUCCUGGAAUAGCUGUGGUAGUUCCUCUUCCUUCUACUUGCCCUUUACACAAUGCAGAAGGUAUUACACAUGUUAUACAUGUGCUAGGACCAAACAUGAACCCAAACCGACCAGACAACCUUAACAACGACUACACCAAGGGGUGCAUUUAG